CUCAACAGGUUACCCAUCUUCGUCCCCUCCGCCUCGCCACUGUUGUGUUCUCGAGAGCUUCCACAGCUGCGCCUUUGAGGUUCCAGCGCCCCCACGAGGGGCUUCCACAGCUGCUUCGCCGUGGGCAAACGCGCGCCGCCUCGUCCUCCCCUGCGGCUAGAAGUCAUUGGUACCCGCCUUCUAGCCAAACCCGCAGGUGGAACCGCCUUUGAGGUUGGCCUCAAAACCCUAAUCCCCCAUCACCAACAUUCUCCCCCGCGGCCAGAAGCUCAUCUUCAAAGGAAAAGUUCUCGUCGACAAUUCGAUUCAACAUUUCGUAAAACUGUCUCCACUGAAGCUUCAAACCAGCUUGAUAUCGAGCUUCAGCUUGAGGUGGUGUCUCGACUUCCGCAUGCGAUUGCCUUGCACAGAAAUAUAAAUUGAAGUUGUGAAUCACUCUAGCUUUCUCAUUGAAAUCUAGAGGUAGAAAGGCAAUGGUGGGAGAAAGCAAGAAGUCCAUAGUACAAGUUAAAAAGUCUAAUAGAGCCUCGACUUCAUCACAAAGAACUAUGGAGUGUCGAUCUGAAAAACCAUGGCUUAGAUCACAAUCCAAAAAAUCAGAACCUACUCCACCUCUCAGUGAAGAUCCAGAUGCAUCCACUCAUAUUCCUUCAACUAUAACUAAUCGGUCGUCAUCUCCAACUAUUGCUAAUCCAGACACUAACACUACAGGGUUUUGGGUUUUGGUUCUGUGUUUCAGAUUCGAUGCUUUAUUUUGGGGCCGAGAUGUCUACAUCCUGAUUUAUAAGAGGUGGUGACAAGAAAUAUUUUGGCAGGUCAUUGGCGAAGUAUUGAAUCAAGUUUAAGAAUUUAGACAUUUUGAAAACUUUACAUUUGAAAACACUAUUAUUGUGUUUUGUUUUUUGAUUGUGUUGGGUGAUUGUAUUAGGUGGCAAUGCAAUGAUACUCUAACAUAGUUCUUGUGAGACAAUUUAAGGUACUUAGUUUGAUUCAGUCUUACUUAUGUUGUCCCAAACUUGUUUGGAAAGCUUUCAAUAUUUGUUACUUAGUUUGAUGAUUA